AUAUUCAGACGAGUAAAGACAUUUUACUUUAUAUUCUCGAUGAAGUUGAAAAGAUUACAAACAUACAAAAGAUUUCAUCAUUGGAGUGCGAGACCAACAUUAACCAAACAAUGCUAUCAUGCACACGAUGUGAAGAAAAUCGUUGUCAAUCCACAUCGCCACAAAUACACGAACAGAUGAUUAAAGGAUUGUUAUACGAAGUAAACAAACCUAUUACAAAAGCUGCUAAGUUCGGACAGAAUGUUGGGCAGUUGGUCAACAAUCUAGAUAGCAAACUUAAUUCUUGGUCUGAAGAUAUCACUUGGAAAUUUAAUGGAUGGUUAAAUCAAGCUGAGAAACAUGCGAAUAAUGUUAAAAAUGGUAUUGUCGACACUGGUAAAAAAAUUGGAACAGGUGCUGAGAAUGCUGGUAAAAAAGUAUGGGGUGGAAUUAAAAGUAUCUUUGGUAAACGGUCAACCAGACAUAUGAUUAAACGAUGUGAACAAGGUUGUCCGCAAUGUGAUCGACUCGAUACCAAGAGGAAUAAACCGGAUAAAGUUAUACUAUCUAUUUGUGGAUCCAAUUUCGUUACAAAGCAGAAGAAAGCAGCAGCAAAAAUAAAAGAUUUAAAAGCUCUUUACAGUUUCAUCCUUUCGGAGAACUUGAUUGUUUUAAAGGUUGAGUAUGAAAAGAAAAGUGUUCUCUUUACAGGCGGAAAAGUAGAGUUCAAGACAUCAUUCGUAACAUUUCAAAAUGUAAUAAACGACCAAGCACGAGCAGAUAUUGUAGAUUAUAUCGUGAAUGAAAUUGAUGCUACUGUAGAUGAGGAUAAGAUUCUAACACUAUCAUGUGAAACCAAAGUUAACCAAACAAUAAAGUCUUGUGAUGAAUGUGCUGGAAAUAUUUGUGCAGCGGUAGAACUUAGACAAGAACGGAAGAAAAUAGAUUUAAGAAAGUUACUAAGUGUGAUCCACAAACCUGUGAUACUUGUAGCAUCUCUAGGUAAAAAAGUAGUUAAGGAAGCUGCUAGAUUUGGAAAGAGGAUAGGAAAAGUGGUUAAUAGAAUUGGAGAUAAAGUUAAAAGUACAGUAAAAAAAGUUAGAGUGGGAAUUAAAAAAAUCGGAUCAAAAAUAGGAAGUCAUGUCAAAAGAUUAGGAAAGGGAGUCGCUAAAUUCGGCAGAAAUAUUGGACGAGGUGUUGCCAAAAUAACCAAGAAGGUGGGACGUGGUAUCAAGAAAUUUGGACAAGGUGUCAAGAAAACUGGCAAAAAAGUUUGGAAGAAAAUUAAAAAAAUAUUUGGAAAACGAUCAACUAGGCACCUAAUUGAAAAGCGUUGUGUAAUUAGUUGUCCAGUUUGUGACAAACUUGAUAAAGACAUAUUCACGGAUGAACAAAUAGUUGGAAAAAUAUGUGGGGCAAGUUUUGUUUCAAGACAGAAACAAUUAUAUGAAAAAGUGAGAGGUUUUGAGGACACAUACAACUAUAUAGUGUCUAAUGCACCUGUAGUGACAAAGGUGGAAUAUGAAACAAGUAGUAUUAUUAUAGUCAACGGGAAAUUGGCAUUUAAAAAGUCCUUUGUAACGUACCAAACGAACAAAAUCAAGAGGAGAUUUCAGCUUUCUGGACUAUUUGAAAUCUCUAACAUAGAUGGUAUGGCCAUCAUAAUAUCAAAGGAUAUAUUAAAGAAAAUGCAAUAGAGUUGCUGUAUAGACCAUUUAGUCGAUAGAAGCUUAAAUAAAAAGGAAAAUGUGCAAUUAGUAAUGACAAAGUUGUUCAGCAAUAAUAUUGUAUUAAG